CUUUACCAGUUCUGAGGAGUCCUUCCGGCUCCAAUAUUCAUCAUCCUUCUCUCAGCUUCCUCCGUCCCUCUCUCUCUCUCUCUCUCUCUACUCUCUCUCUCUCUCUCUAGCGGACGCGAAGAUCUGAAUUUCCUCCGAUCGCGCCCCGAUCUCUCCCAGCCAAGCACGGUGCAAGCUCCCGUCGCCGUCGCCGGCGGCCCCCGCCCCCUGUCGGAGAUUUGCUAGGGUUUCAGCGGCCUGCCUUGGGGCGCGCCGAUCAGGGAUUCGGAGUUGAAUAAGGAGGUUAUCAGAUCAAUUCCAUGGGGACUGAAAAUCCAGGUCGUUCGGCUUUCACUAGCAGGCCCACUUCGCCUUUUACAUCUUCGCCUCCUGCUGCGACACCUUUUUCAUCAACGAAUCCAGUGGUCGGACCAGGGGUCUCCACUUUUAGACCUACGACAGCUGCUGCUCCUCAGGCUCCGCCUCGUUCACCUUUUGUUCCUGUGGCUGGAUCAGACAGAUCUAGUUUCCGGCCCCCUCCACAAUCUGCAUAUAGUGAUCCAUCAGUACCACCUCCACCGACUUCAUAUGCCCCUCCCACUUCUGGAGCUUUCCAACGUUUUAGUUCACCCCAGUUCCCGGGGACAGCACAACCACCACCUACACAAGGUCCACCUCUUGGACAGCCACCAUUUCAAUCUCCUGCUGCUCAAUUAUAUUCUCAGCCUGGAUCUUUUCGCCCCCCAACACAUGUACCUUCUCUGCCGAUGGGAUCUCCUCCAAGAGCAAAUAUUAUGCCCCCUGUUGGAAACAUGCCCCAGGCGAGCCCAUUGUAUUCUGCUCCCAGGGCAAGUGGACCGCCCCCUAUGCCUGGAUAUGUGACUCAGCAGUCUAAAACAGCUCCACCAGCUUCAACUUUACAAUCUCCAUUUGCUAGUGCCCCAGGAGGUUAUGUGCCGACUCCACCAGUAUCGUCUCCCCCUUUGCAUGCACAUCAAGGAGGGUAUAUUCCACCACCACCAGCUCCAGGGACCCUGCAAACACAGCAUCCGGGAUUUGGACCCCCCACAGGUCCCAUUCAUGGUCUGCUUGAAGAUUUCAGCUCCCUCUCUCUUGGGUCUGUACCUGGAUCAUUGGACCCUGGACUUGAUUCAAAAUCUUUGCCAAGACCACUAGAUGGCGAUGUGGAGCCCAAGUCAUUUGCUGAAAUGUUUCCCAUGAAUUGUCAUUCUAGAUUUCUAAGGCUUACAACUAGUGCCAUACCAAAUUCUCAAUCUUUGGUCUCAAGGUGGCACUUACCUCUUGGAGCAGUUGUUUGUCCUCUGGCAGAAUCUCCUGAUGGGGAAGAAGUUCCUAUAGUGAAUUUUGCUUCAACUGGCAUUAUUCGUUGCAGGAGAUGUCGCACCUAUGUCAAUCCAUAUGUGACGUUUGCUGAAGCAGGGAGAAAGUGGCGCUGCAACAUCUGCUCCUUAUUGAAUGAGGUUCCCGGUGAUUACUUUGCCCAAUUGGACUCUACUGGCCGAAGACUUGAUCUGGAUCAGCGACCUGAGCUUACAAAGGGCAGUGUUGAAUUUGUUGCUCCAACUGAAUAUAUGGUUCGGCCUCCAAUGCCGCCACUCUAUUUUUUCCUCAUUGAUGUUUCGAUAUCUGCAGUUAGAAGUGGCAUGGUACAGGUUGUGGCCGAGACUAUAAAGUCUUGUUUAGAUAAUCUUCCGGGCUUCCCCAGGACACAGAUUGGGUUCAUAACUUUUGACAGCACUAUACAUUUUUACAAUCUGAAGUCAUCCUUGACCCAACCUCAGAUGAUGGUUGUCUCAGAUCUCGAUGAUAUAUUUAUCCCACUGCCAGAUGAUCUCCUUGUCAACCUGUCAGAGUCCAGAGAAGUUGUGGAGACUUUCCUUGAUAGCUUGCCAUCGAUGUUUGAGAACAACAUAAAUGUGGAAUCUGCUUUUGGUCCAGCUCUCAAGGCGGCAUUUAUGGUUAUGAGUCAACUUGGGGGAAAAUUACUUGUUUUCGAGAAUACACUGCCAUCUCUUGGUUUUGGCCGCUUGAAGUUGCGGGGAGAUGAUGUUCGUGUUUACGGAACAGAUAAAGAACAUACGCUGAGAGUACCAGAAGAUCCCUUUUACAAGCAAAUGGCUGCUGAUUUCUCUAAGUACCAGAUUGGUGUUAAUAUAUACGCAUUCAAUGAAAAGUACGGUGAUAUAGCCUCCUUAGGAACCCUCGCGAAAUACACUGGGGGUCAAGUCUACUACUAUCCCAGCUUUCAAUCAGAUAUUCACAGAGAGAAGCUGAGACACGAGUUAGCCAGAGAUCUCACGAGGGAAACUGCCUGGGAGGCCGUUAUGCGCGUAAGAUGUGGGAAAGGAAUUCGUUUCACAUCUUACCAUGGAAAUUUUAUGUUAAGAUCCACCGACUUAUUGGCACUUCCAGCUGUGGAUUGUGAUAAAGCAUAUGCAAUGCAGCUAUCUCUUGAAGAUACAUUACUGACAACCCAAACAGCAUAUUUCCAAGUUGCUUUGCUAUACACUGCAUCCUGUGGAGAAAGGCGUAUUAGAGUACACACAGCCGCGGCUCCCACCGUAACAGAUCUAGGAGAAAUGUACCGUCAGGCAGACACGGGUGCCAUCAUAUCUUUGUUCAGUAGGCUAGCAAUUGAGAAGACAUUGACUAAUAAGUUGGAGGAUGCACGAAAUGCUAUCCAGCAGAGGAUAGUCAAAGCACUCAAGGAAUAUAGAAAUCUUUACGCAGUGCAGCAUCGUUUGGGAGGCAGGAUGAUAUAUCCAGAAUCUUUGAAGUUUUUACCUUUAUACGGCUUGGCCCUUUGUAAAUCAGCCAUCCUAAGGGGAGGGUAUGCCGAUGUGCCACUUGAUGAACGUAGUGCAGCCGGUUACACCGUGAUGGCGUUGCCUGUGAAAAAAUUGUUGAAACUUUUAUAUCCAGACUUAAUUAGGCUUGAUGAGUAUCUGAUGAAGGGAUCUUCUCUGGAUGAUGAGCUUAAGAACACAAUUAAAAGGUUACCAUUGACUGCAGAGAGCUUAGACUCCAGGGGGCUCUAUUUGUUUGAUGAUGGCUUUCGUUUUAUUAUAUGGUUUGGUAGAAUGCUUUCACCCGAUUUGUCCAAGAAUUUGUUGGGGCAAGACUUUGCAGCUGAUUUAUCAAGGAAUCAGGUUAACUUCACGGAACUCAACCAUGAAAUGUCUAAAAGGCUCUUUGCCCUGAUCAAGAAGCUGAGGGAGACUGAUCCUUCAUGCUACCAUUUGUGUCAUCUUGUAAGACAAGGUGAGCAGCCAAGAGAAGGAUUUCUUCUCCUUGCAAACCUGGUUGAGGACCAGAUGGGCGGCACUAAUGGUUAUGGUGAUUGGGUGCUUCAAAUACACCGCCAAGUCCAGCAGAAUGCAUGAAGUACAGGGAAUUAUCAUUUUGUUCCAUGUCCUCGAUUAUAAAGUGAAUCAAGCAACAUGUAUAACUACAGGUUUUGCUGGGAUUCCAUUCAAUAUGUGGAAAAGGUUGUCGAGUUCAUGAAAGUGGUCAGCAGAGACAGAUCUGCAGACGAUUAUUCUCGGUCCGUCACGAAAAUAAGGGGGAGAUUCAAUCAUGUACUUGUGUCUUAUUUUGAGAAGGAGAUAGCAAAUUUUGUCUGCAUUGAUUAUGAGUCAAUCUUCUGUAUCUUUGCAUAUUACAGUCCUUUUUAACCUCCUGGCUCUGGGUUUGCUUGUAGCUGUAGGGAUAGACUGAUGAUGAUAGUGUGAUCAAUUUGCCUGCAGAGUUGGGGACAAUUGUUCAUUCAACUGUAUUUACAACUCAAUUUUGGGGUGUUAAUUUCAAUUUUAUUCAA